UUGGAGCAGCGCAGCCGGGGCUCAGAUUCAGAGAGCAGCUGAGGCGCAGGGACCCCCGACGGUCUCUCACCCCUUUUUAUUAUUUUUCAGUCCCCUCGCUGCUGUGGACAAGUUUUUAUUCCGAGGUUGUCAAGUUUACAUUGUGCGGUUUGUAUAUUCUGGCUCGUCGUGCCAAGCAGUUGCGGUGUAAUUUGUUUUGCGAGUUUUGUCAGAGGUCGCGCUGAGCGCAACAACUGCUGUGGCACCGUUGGAUUGCGGACACUUCACUGGCCGAGCAUUUUGAAGGACAGCCGCGGAGCCAAAAGACAGCUAUACUUGUGUAACGCAGACUUCUCCUAAAAGUUUUGGUCUGGUGUCAAAGCGCACUUCUCCGUGCCUUUUAGGUAUGCCUGUGGUCACCAGCGUGUCCCCGGACAGGUAACCAGGUGUGCUGCUGCUGUCAUGGCCACGCCAGCCCUGCGGUUGCUGUCUGUCACAGUCCUGGUGGCGCUGGUGUCGUCAUCAGAGGACCAUGAGUGGCACUUUAACCCAGCUCAGUGUCGUUACGCCCUGGGGAUGGAGGAUGGCACCAUCCCCGACUCUGACAUCACCGCCUCCAGCGCCUGGUCAGACUCCACGGAGGCCAAACAUGGAAGGUUGAGUACUGGAGAGGGGGACGGGGCGUGGUGUCCAGCUGGGGCUGUUUUCCCGAGUGGAUCAGAGUACCUUCAGGUGGACUUGCACACACUCCACUUCCUGUCUCUGGUUGGUACCCAGGGUCGUCAUGCCGAUGGGCACGGCCAAGAGUUUGCCCGCAGUUACCUGCUGCGCUACUCCCGAGACGGAGUCAAAUGGAUCACCUGGAAGGACCGCUGGGGCCAGGAAGUUGUGUCGGGGAAUGAAAACACCUACGACGUGGUUCUGAAGGACCUGGGCCCUCCCAUUGUUGCCCGCAUGGUGCGCUUCUACCCUCUAGCAGACCGGGUUAUGAGUGUUUGCCUCCGGGUGGAACUCUAUGGAUGUGUGUGGAAUGAUGGUUUGAAGGCUUAUACAGCUCCAGUGGGUCAUGUCAUGCACCUGUCUGGCAUGCCUGUCUACCUGAAUGACUCCACCUAUGACGGGAGCAUUGAGCAAGGGAUGCAGUUUGGAGGCCUGGGCCAGCUGUGUGAUGGUGUCCUGGGAGGGGACGACUUCAUACAAACAAAGGAACUAAGGGUGUGGCCCGGGUACGACUACCUGGGCUGGAGCCGAGAAGCCCUUGGGCAAGGCAGUGUGGACAUCGAGUUCCAUUUUGAGAAGACACGGAUCUUCCACACUAUGCAGGUGCACAGUAACAACCGCCACACCCAGGGCGUGCGAGUCUUCAGCAAGGUGGAGUGUCUUUUUAAGCCUAGCAUCCUCCAGCCGUGGUCGUCUCCGGCCCUCACCAUGCCUGUACCCCUGGAGGACCUGAAAGAUCCUUCCUCGCGGCCCAUCUCCCUGCCCCUGGGCGGCAGGCCAGCUCAGAUUCUCCGCUGCAAGUUCUUCUUCGCUGACCGCUGGCUGCUCAUCAGCGAGAUCUCCUUCUUCUCUGAGCCAUUUGGGGAGGAUGCCACAGAGACCGGUUCAUUUCCUCCUUAUCUCCCUCCUGCACCCCCGCUUCCCCCAGUUACUACAUCUCCUCCUGUCCUCCACACCUCCUCAAUUUCCACGUCAAGCUACAACUCCUCCAACACCACCACUGGCCCCUCAGAACCCCCCACCACCACCUUCAUGAUGGACACCACUGCUAACCACACACUGUCAGGGCCAGAUUUUGCUGCUGUGACUCCAAGGGCGGGGCUGCCAGUAGCCAAGGAUGACAGCAGCAACACUGCUAUACUGAUUGGCUGCCUGGUGGGCAUCAUCCUGCUGCUACUGGCUGUCAUAGCUGUUAUUUUGUGGAGGCAGUAUUGGAAAAAGAUACUGGGCAAGGCCCAGGGGAGUCUGUCCAGCGAUGAGCUACGUGUCCACCUGUCCGUCCCCUCAGACAACGUGGUCAUCAACAACACACACAGCUACUCCAGCCGCUACCAGCGCAUACACACCUUCCCAGACGACCGUGACAGGGAGGGAGAGGGAGAGUACCAGGAGCCCAGCGCUCUGCUCCGGCCACGGGACCACCGAGACAGCACUGCCUUGCUGUUAAACAACCCAGCCUAUCACCUGCUCCUGUCAGAUCAGAGACAAGGCUCGUGGCCCCUAGCCGUCCCCAGCACCACUCAGGCUCAGGAAAAGAGCCUCAAUGUGCCCCAGGCCUGUGGCUUGGACAGGGACCUAGAGAAAGGUUUCCCUCCUACCCAGGAGGAGCCUCCCCCCUAUCCUGGUUCCCCUCCCUACCCCUCCCUGUCUCCCCCUGUGUCUCCCCCACUGCCCCCCAGCGUCCCCCACUAUGCCGAGGCAGAUAUUGUCAGCCUGCAGGGCGUGAGCGGUAACAACACGUACGCUGUGCCUGCCUUGACCUCCUCCAGCCCAGGGGCUGAUGCCGCCCCGCUGCCGGAGCUGCCGCGCCAGUGUCUCAUCUUCAAGGAGAAACUGGGGGAGGGGCAGUUUGGAGAGGUGCACCUGUGUGAAAUCGAGAACCCUCAAGACCUUCCCAACCUUGAGUUCCCAUUCAACGUGAGGAAAGGCCGCCCCCUCCUGGUCGCAGUCAAGAUACUGCGCCCUGACGCCUCCAAGAAUGCCAGGAACGACUUCCUCAAAGAGGUGAAGAUCCUGUCUCGCCUGAAGGAUCCGAAUAUCAUCCGGCUGCUUGGUGUGUGCGUGAGCAGCGACCCUCUCUGCAUGGUCACCGAGUACAUGGAGUGUGGAGACCUCAACCAGUACCUGUCCCACCGAGUGCUUCUGGACAAGACCGGGCCCUCGCACAACACCCCAACCAUCAGUUACCCAGCACUCAUUUCAAUGGCCAGUCAGAUUGCAUCAGGCAUGAAGUUUCUGUCCUCCCUCAACUUUGUCCACCGGGAUCUGGCCACACGCAACUGCCUGGUAGGAGGGGAGAGGGAUGAGAGCGGAGAGGAUCGAGGCGGUGAGCGUCCCAUCAAGAUAGCUGACUUUGGCAUGAGCAGGAAUCUGUACGCCGGAGACUACUACAGGAUCCAGGGCAGGGCUGUCCUGCCCAUACGCUGGAUGGCCUGGGAGUGUAUACUCAUGGGCAAGUUCACCACGGCCAGUGAUGUGUGGGCAUUCGGGGUGACUCUUUGGGAGAUGCUGAGUGUUUGUCAGGAGCAGCCGUACUCCAACCUCACAGACGAACAGGUCAUCGACAACGCUGGGGAGUUCUUCAGGGACCAUGGCAGACAGGUAUACCUGAGCAAGCCAGCUGUGUGUCCGCAGGGUCUCUAUGAACUCAUGUUGAGCUGCUGGAACAGAGACUGCAAGCUCCGCCCAUCCUUUGCCCACAUCCACUCCUUCCUCACUGAGGAUGCCAUGAACAUGGUGUAGUGAGGAAAAAACGAGAAAGAAUCAGAGGAAAAGAGGAAGAGCGGCUACGUAGAGCGGCAGAAAUGUCUUGUACUUUGUCGUGUCCUUGCUACAGUGGGGCAGUGGCUGAAAGAGCAUGGUGGAGGUGGAGGUGCACGGCAGAGGCGGAGGGGAGGGGAGAGCAGGUCGCUUGCUUGUAUAUUUUAUAUUUCCCGGGUGGAUGGGGCUGAGACACCGCUGGUUCGGUUUUCAUUUCCAUGUCAGAUCCCCACCCCAAAGCCAAAACUAACCCCUGCUUUACCCAUUAGAUAGACAACAGUCCGAGCUACAUUUCAUAAUGAAUGUAACAUAUUGGUUGGUGGUGGGUGCAGUCUGCAUAGGAACUCUCUCUUCUCACAUAAACUUACUUAACAUAUAGGAGGGUUUGCGUGACUAAUGAUAAAUGCUGUAGAGUCAGUGUUGCACGGGCAAAAUGAAAGCACAUAGUGAACAUUGAAUAGCAAUCAUAAAGCCGUGUUUGUGCUGUGAUCAUGAGCAAUGAGUAAAUUAACUCAUCAUCAGAUUAACAUUUAUAAAGCCACAACAGUUUCUGACUCAACAUCUCAAACACAACACACAGGGGAAUGGGAGGUGUACAUGCACUGUCAUUUCUAUGGCCACACCAUAUUGGCAUAUACAUAUUGGCACACACUUUUCUCUGCACAGUUACAUUAUCCUUGAGAGAUUUCACUGCACACACAGGGGUUUCCUGUCUUAGUAUUACAGUACACCUUUUGGCCCCAACUUGAAAGAUAAAACCAGCAAAAGAGAUAUGAAAAUAUUGAUCCAGUCAAAGAGUAUGGAAAAAAAAGUCUUCACACUCAGAUAUACCUGUUAGCUAACAUAGCUAUCUAGAGCCAAAGUGAGAGGAUAUCUUCCCUAUACAUGUGCUAGCUCCUCUGGCAGCCCCAUGUCUUUAUAUUUAAUGGAGGCUUGCUCUCCACCAGUGACCCACAUCCACAGCUCUAAGUGCAGAUGUGGACUAAUGUGAAAAGGUGUGGACCAGACAACAGCAGCCCCUUUUCUGCGAUGAGAUUACAAGACGUUUCUUUCUAAGUCAAGGUAGGACUCCGCCUGACAGCCAUUUUGAACUAGAGCACUCCCCACACAUCGUCGUGGAGCCUCAGCCCCGUUGUAGUCGAUGAGUUCAAGAACUUUGUGAACCCCAUCUUUGGGCUGCAGAGAGAACUGACUCCCUGAUGCCAAACAGGCCGCUGGGACCUGAGGACAGAGGUGAAGAAGAGAGAGGCCUGCCGCUGUCAGUGAGAUGUGACCAGCAGACUGGAAUGGCUUUUUUCCAGCAGAGAGACAAUACUGCCCUCUGGGGCAGUGGGUGCGACAUCUUCAGAUGUGCCUGCUCAGAUGUUUGAGUCUUGGCAGUGUUUUAUCUGGCUAUGACCCAGACACAGGGAUAGAUGUAAAAUUCCACUACCAGCUGCACUUUAAAUCCUCCAUGUGUGUCCCUGGCCAUGAUGAAACUCUUUGCAAGGGGUCUGACAUAAUUCCUUUGGAUGUAGAUUCUAAUGCCUUUCAGAUAUUUGCCAAGGGAGAGAGAAUUGAAUUCUCUCCCAGAUAGCACCAACCCAAUGGAGUUUAAAAAUAAAUCAAUAAAUAAAUAAAAUGUGGAAAGGCACCAUUUCACUCAUUCUCAUUGUAUGAAACCAUAAACUUAAUUCAGAGCCAACAUAUGGCCCAUGUGUUGAGAUGUGUUUACUCUUAUCUAGUAAUCUGUAUUUGCUCAUCUAACUGUAUUACUGUAUUGAAAAAGAACACUUGUGGCAUUUCUCAAACAAUACAUGCUGGGAGUUCUGAUGUUGUGUGAAUAUCAACAUAAACCUCUGCAUUAUCCAUAUAGUUCAUUAAGCUGACCGUGGUCGAAUCGAUCUACCUUACUGAUUGUAUAGAACUGUAAAUCAAUCCAGCCUGAUAUUAACAAGAUUAUCAAGUAAUUACAUGUUUACUGAUUGAAUGAGUGUGAAUGGUUGUGCCAUUGGAAUACAGUAUGUGCUUCUCAAUCAUUUUUGAUACACUGUAGUUUGGCUAAACCCAUAUUUUUCUAUAUACUGUAUGUACUUAGACACUCCUUGAUGUCUGUGAUUUCGUCCUUUGUGUCUUCAAAGCUGAACCUAAUGGUGUGUACAUAUUUUAAGGACAGAAUAGUAAUUUCCUUCACUAAUAUAUGGAAAAUUCUUACAUUUGGGGUCUUGUAUCUCUGUAGAAAGCUUGCUACCUUGAUGCCAUUGUAAUUCACUGUGUUGUCUAUUUUUGUAGAUGUUUUAAUAAAGUUAACCUUUUUAAAAUAAA